CCUGUCAUAUUCGUAAACAAAACAUCAUAUACCCAUUUUUCUGCUUUUUGCGGAGCGUAAAACUGGUUCCAAGACCACAGAUGACUGUUAGGGCGUGUAUUUAGAUCCUUAUGGACUGAUACAUCUAUUUGUCCCAGGUUUAAGGUUCAAGAUGUACAUGAAAUACAGACAAAGACUUGAGAACGAAGAUAAAGAGAGUCUUGAUAACAGUGUUCAAACUACAGUGAAAUCUUGUUGGAAUGAAGUAAAUAAACAGUGCCAAGCAUACAAGCCAUCUAAAUCCACCAAAACCCCGGUAAAAUCAGGAUGGAAGAUUGUUAGAGUGUUUGUUUCAUCCACAUUUACCGAUUUCUUUAACGAAAGGGAAAUCCUGGUUAAAAAGAUUUUUCCUGAACUAAGAGAAUGGUGCCAGUUGAGACAUAUACAUCUAAUAGAAUGUGAUUUACGAUGGGGAGUUCCAAAAGAGGCUACAACACAACUCGUCAUCGAUACGUGUUUAGAAGAGUUGAAUCGAUGCCAUGAGGAUACCAAUGAACAGCCUUUCUUUUUAGGACUGAUUGGUAAAAGAUAUGGAUGGAUACCAGGCAGAACAGACAUUUCUGAUGAAUUGAAAGAGAAAUUUCAGUGGGUUGACAACACAUCCAUAACAUUCAUGGAAAUACUUCAUGGGGCAUUCAGAUGCAAGAGUCCAAAUGCAGCCUUUUUCUUCAGAUCAGAUGAAGUGAUUGAUUCUAUCCCAGAAAAAGCUUUGAAACGAUUUAUAGAUGAAGAAACCCUGAACAAACAGCACCUGAUUGCUCUGAAAAGACAAUUAAAUAUUAGAUUUCCAAAUCAAGUUUAUGUUUAUAACUGUAAAGUAGAUGGUAUACAAGACACUGCAGGAAGAGAGAGGGUUAAGUUUUCUGACCUCGAUAAAUUUUCUGAACAAGUAUUAGACUUCUUCAAGACAGCAAUUACAAAUAUGUAUGGUGACAACAAGACCAGUGAAUAUGAUGAAGAAGAGAUUGAGGAAGAGAAUCAGAAAUUUUAUAUAGAAAAUAAAUCUGAAUUAGUAGUUGGACAAGAUAACUUACUGAAGACUUUGACAUCUUACUUGAAAGGGGAGCCAAUUUCAGACAUACCUGUGUCUGAGGACAGCAAAAGUUUUGUUAGAGAUCCAAAAUUUUGGGGAGAAACUGUGUCAGAGGAUAAUAUGAUAAUGUGUAUAAAAGGUCAUCCAGGAUAUGGAAAAUCCACUCUCCUAGCCAAGGUUGUAAAUGAUUUUCUCAAGGAUGGUUAUGAAAUAUUUUACCAUUUUGUUGGAUGUUCAGCUUCAAGCAAAAGUACCGAGACUUUGUGUAAGAGAUUAGUCAGAGUACUGGAGAAGAAAGUUCUCAAAAAAGAUGAAAACACAAACCAGGCCAAAGACAGCGAAGAAGAUUCUGUAAACAGUUUGAUGGAAAGGCUGAAAGGUCUUCUGCCAAUUUUGAGAGAACAACAAGCAAAGCUUUGUAUUGUAAUAGAUGCUGUUAAUGAGCUUCCAGAUUGUAAUUAUUAUAACCACCUGUCAUGGCUGCCACCAAGAUUCCCAGGUAAUAUUAAAUGCAUCAUUAGCUCAGCAGACAGCCAUCCACCUACUAUUGCAAGGUUGACUGAACACAGUUGUUAUGUUUGUGAAGUUGGACCAAUCAACAAAGAGGCUGCAGAAGUUAUAGUUGCAAAAACUUUGAAGAAGUUUAACAAGCAACUGGAUAAAGACCAGCUAUCUUUGAUUGUAUCAAGACCAUGUGCUACAAACCCUUUAUGGCUCACCAUGCUGUUAGAGGAACUUAGAAUGUUUGGAGAUUUCAGGACGUUGGACAGCAAGAUAGAAAAAGUAUCUGAUUCUGUAGACAGUCUGCUAACAGAUAUUGUCAAUAGAAUCAUUGCAGAGGAUGAAACAGGCCUAGUGAAAAAGACCCUAUGUUUACUGGUAUGUGCUAUUGAAAGCAUACAAGUGCAUGAUUUGUCUAAUAUGUUAGGGGAUAUCAGUAACAAAGAACCAGUAGCACCAUUGUACUGGUCCCAGACUAGAAGAAUUUUGAGUCCAUACAUAAAAGAAAUUGGAGUCCACUCCAAUAUAUCAUUUUAUCAUAUGGAAAUAAGAAGGAUUGUCAGCCAGUUGUUAAUCAUUAAUAAUGGAAAAGAAUGGUAUAGAUUAUUGGCCUUGUAUUAUACAAAGUGGUGUCCUGAUGAAAGGUCAAGGUCAUUGUUUGCACCAACAUACUGUUUGAAUGCUAACCUAAAAAUAGAAUUGCUAGAAUUUUAUGAUAAAGAUCCAGCAGCUGAGCUUAUUCAAGACUGGAGUAGAAGUCGAAAUUUCCAGAAAUUGAGAUGUCAAUCACUAGCUUCCGGAUUGCCACAAAUAUUUCCUGUUGUUGUGUGUCAGUCUUGUUCAACGAAAACAUGUCGACAGAAGUUCAGGAUCCAGUAUAAAAACUGUUGUGUCGUAUGUAAAAGUCGUUUGACAUUUAUGCAAGCAGCUGCAAACUUGUGCAAUUUUCAUGCUUUUGGUCACAGUGACAAAAUUGGGAAGUGUUUAUAUUGUAACUAUAUAGUACCUAAAGAAAAUAGAAAUGUGAAAAAUAUGAUGGGAAUCUUGGGCAAAUUAUGUAUGAAUUGUAGCUUUGGACUUGAUAACAAAAAGUGUGCUAUGUUGUCUGUCAAGUGAUUUUAGUUAAUGGUUGGAUGCUUUAUAGGCAUCAAUAACUUUGUUAGAACUUCAUGGAAUUUUAAAAAAUUGCAUUAGAAGGAAAGCAUUUUUUUUUUACAAAUUCCCAUAUUUUAGUGAUUAACAGACUUAUACAUUUAAGAAUUAUAAGAUUAAAUUUUAUUUAGACAUAAAUAACUUUUUUUUUUUUUAAUUUUGCAAAACUUUCACAGAAUAUUACUCUAAUGAUGUUCUUUUGCACCUCCUGUUUCAUUCUAACCAAGUGAUUUUUACAAUUUACCUUGUAUGACACACACUUUGUCAUAUCUGCACACUACUGGGUACAUUACACAUUUGUUUCCUCUUCUCCUUAACCCAAAAUUAAUAAAAACAUUCUCUGAAAAUUCACCAUAUAAUACUGUUUUACACAUCUUAUUUGUUGUUUUUUGGUAUGUUAAUAUUCAAACAGUAUUUUAAUCAAAUGAAUUGAAUUGGAUUUGGCAACAGGCAAAGACUAUGUUAGCCCUCUCCAUUGCUUUUUUGGUAUGAAUUAUAUUUGGGAUUUUACUAGUCAAAAAAUGGACUUUGCAAAGGGGUUAUAUUUUGUGAGCUUUACUUGUUGUACCUCUAGUUUUUGCAAUUAUGCAUGAGAGGUCUGCAUGGUUCAAUAUGAAUCUGUAAUGAAUAAACUAUUAAUCGUUUUUUAAAUGAGGUAAAUGUAGUCAAACAGUAAAUAAACCAAAAAUGAUCAAUAGUUAACAAAAAUGCUGUUAAGGAUGUUCGCUUCUCUGUUUAAAAAUAACAUGCUUUUUAAAAGACUGUUAUAAAUUGAUAGUAUAUGAAUAACAGAACUUAAAAAGUAUUGAAACAGACCAUGCGAGGGCUGUAUAGCCAGUCAAGGUCGUUAAAAACUUCUAUCAUCAGUAUAGAAAAAUAACAGGUCUGUGUCUCUGUUUUUUGAAAUGUAAUCAAUUGAAGUUUUGGAGGGAAAUGAUUCUCUCUUGAUUUUUAAUACAUUUAACAUUGGCACCUUUUAAAAAAACCAAGGAUUUUAUAAGAUUUUCUAAAAUGGCUUUUUUUAAAUUCAUGUAAUAAAAUUGUGAAAAGAAAAGUAGAUCUUAGCUGGCAAAAUUUUUAUUGGUACCACAUGGAUAGAACCAGAGGAUUCUGAAUAUUUGACAAAAAUUAAAAAAAACAUGAUGGGCGAACAUCCUUAAAGAUAAUUUUUGUUGAAAAUGAGUAUCAAUAUUAAUUGAAGAGCAAUCAUUAAAGAAAUGAUGCAAAUAUUUCACAUUCCAUUAGAAAGCAUUUCAUUUAUUCUUUGGUGCUAUAUUUAGGUCCUAUUCUUUAUGGGAUUAUAAACUAUGUAAAAGUCACUGUGAUAAAUGAAAUAUUAUUGUUUUUAUAGGCAAUAUUUUAUAUUGUCUUUGUUACUUCUUUUGUUUAUAACAAGUACUUUAGUACAUGUUACUUUAGUAGUUUACUCUUAUAUAUGUAGGAUAUUUAUAAUUGUACUUUUUACAUCUUUACAACUUUAUUAUCUUAAUAAAAAUUAUA